AUGACCUGCCGAUUGUGGGCCAAGAUCAAGGCACCAGAAGAGAUCACAUACACUAAAGCUUCCAUGAUCACGAUAGGCGACUAUAUUUCAAGCGCCCUCGAGCAUCAGGAUCUUCACACUGCGGGUCUUGACCUGUCCACCAGAAAAGAUUUUGAUCGUCCGUGGCGGGUCGACCCGAGAACUGAGUUUAUUCCACCUAGAAGGUUUACCUUCAUCGACGUUCUCAGUAGACGAAAGUGGGUCGUUACGUAUGUAUUGAUGUGUCUUUUGGUUCUUCCAUUCUAUGCCCUCUUGGGAGUGAUCCUCUAUGAGCACCGCAAGAUUGGUAUGCCGAUUGACUUGCCUUCGCUAUGGGCAGAGGGAAUCGGCGUGUUCCAAAACUACGCCUAUUUCCCGUCAUUCUCCUCCGAGGAUUCGGGGGGUACCAAUGGGCCAUUUCAUGCACGAAGAUUCCACAUGGCAGCUCUAUUCGCCAACAUACCACAACUUUUCAUCAGUGGAGGCUAUGUGAUCUUGAACAACCUGCUCACGACCAUAUCCAUCACAGACGAGUGGAACACUUUUAUCCACCGCCGUCAGCCUUUGCGUGUGUCGCAGCCAAAGGGCAGUCAACGCUCCAGCUAUUUUUUGUCGUUGCCUUUUCAUUAUGCAAUAGGUCUUAUUACGUGGUCUGGUGUGACACAUUGGCUGGUAUCGAGGAGUCUUUUCGUUGUGGAAAGCAAUGAGUUUGCGAGCCCGGACUUUGUUCACUUCGAUAAUCAGGACAGCGCUGUCGUUGGUCACUCCGCAAUGGGUAUCAUCCUCACAACGAUAGCGGUCUCAUUAACAUUGUUUGUACCAAUCGUCAUAAGCUUCAGGAAUUUUGAAGCACCGAAAAGUAAAGAAAACAAUGAUUGGAUCGGUCGGGAAGCAGCUAGAUAUCCCAUGCCUCUGACCUCAACCUGCAGUGCAGGUAUCAGUGCAGCGUGCCAUCGACACGAGCAGGAUCUUGACGCACACCUUUUGCCAAUCACAUGGGGUUUUGUAGAAGACGACCCAGAAUCGCAACAAGAGGAACUCCGCGGCAGGUUUUGCUUCACAACGGCACGUGAUGUGCAGUGGCCGGAGAGAUAUGUACGCCAGAAUGCGCCAAGUUUUCAAGAAACGCCAGCGGGGGUAUGA